CCGGACAUCAUCGCUGCAGUCAUCCUGCGCGAGGUGCUCGGGAUCCAACGUUAUACAAUGUAGACUGAUCUGACACGGCUGACUGAAACCCACGAUCAAUCAUUUCCACAGACGACACUUUUGAAUUGAACCCCGCUCUCAUGAUGUCCGCCUUCCUCCUACCUUCUGGACGCCCUAAGACGGUUAUUGUCACCGGUGGUGCAGGAGGUAUUGGCGCUCAAACCAUACUCACCUUCCAUGCGCACGGCUGCAAUGUGGUGAUAGCAGAUCUUGCUUUUGCUCGUGGCGCUGCCGAAUCUCUAAUAGCCUCCUUGCCAGACCCCAAUCGUGCACUGUUCCAUGAGACUGAUAUCACAGACUGGCAAGCUAUGCGCAGCUUAUUCCGGACGACAAAGAAGAGGUUCGGGCAGGUUGACGUUGUAGUCGCGAAUGCUGGAUUGAUGGAAAGCAAAGGUUUCUUCGAUUUCGAAGAAGAUGAGGGCGGCGAGCUGAAAGAGCCGACAGAGGCGAGCAGGAUCAUUGACGUCAAUCUGAAGGGCUCCAUGAACACACUCAGGCUGGCGAUGCACGCGAUGCAGUCGAAUCCGCCAGAUGCCGACGGGGCACGAGGGUCUGUGGUUCUGAUUGCUUCGACAUCAGGGUACUUUGGCGGCACCGGCGUGGUGUCGUAUAUCUCGUCAAAACACGGCGUCGUUGGGUUGGCUCGAGCAUCGCAGCGAAAAGCAAGUGAGCUUGGUGUGCGCGUCAACGUAGUGGCGCCGUUCUUCACCCCUACUUACAUUACUACGGGCUACUCAGAGCAGUGGAGGGAGAGAGGAUUACCUGCGAACACCGUCGAAGGUGUUGCUGAUGCUAUCGUGGCUACGAGUACAGAUCCCUCGAGGAAAGGCCACAGUGUGAUGGUCGCAGGGAGUUUCAUAAAGGAGAUUGAAACAGCGAGAACUGAGUUGACAAGAGAGUGGCUGGGCGAGGACAUUUCAGACAUUAUGGCCAAGGGUGGCAAGUUCUUCGAUGACAUGGGCGGGUACACGUUGCCAAAAGCGCGGUCGUAG